AUGAUGUCAACAGGGAUGCAAAGGAUGGAAGUCAUUGAAGGGGAGGAACUAGAAGAGAUGUCGGAGGAUCUGAAGUCAGCAGAAAUAGAAGAUUACUACAGACAAGAAUUUGAAAUGCCUAAUGAGGUUUUUCGAGAAUCUUAUAUGGAGAUCGCACGAGAGUUAGAGGCGGCACUAAUCGAAGAAUACUACAAGCAGGAAUUUGAGAUGACAAAAGACACAUGGAAGUCAGCAUAUGAAGUCCACAUCGAAGACCAUGAAUCGACUCCUCAAGAACAUGUCCAAAAUAACAAGGGAAGACGGAAUGGGUACAGUGCAGGCACGUCCACCGAGACCCAAGUGAUAACACACUCAUCCUCCACUAGAUAA